GGAGAAGCGCCAAGUAAAGUCAGAAGAUGGAGCGAAAUAUGUGAAAGGCAUGCCGACAAAUACCUGUGAUAAAAUGUACGAAAAUUUGUGCCUUUGCAUUGAAACUCAUCAGAAAAUUCUCAGGUUCAUCAAGGAGCUGGAGACCACAAUGAGUUACGUCGUAAUAACACAAUUCGGUUGUAGCGUCAUCGUUGUGUGUGUGGCAUUAUUUCAAGCAACUUACGGUACAGACUUCACUGGAGUGCUCAAAUGCGCGGUUUUCCUUCCACUACCCGGCGGCCAAGUAUACAUGUAUUGUUGGGCAGCACACAAUAUAACCGAGCAGGCGCAGGAAGUGGCGCUGUCAGCUUACAGCUGUUCCUGGUUGGAGGCGAGUGCUCGUUUCAAACGCUCACUGAGGAUCCUCAUAAGCCGCGCCCAGAAACCACUGGUUCUUACCGCUGGGCACCUCUACUCCAUCAACAGGGAAGUCUUCGUCUCGCUGGUGAAUGCAUCCUAUUCAUACUAUGCAUUGUUGGGUCAUAUGAAGAAGCACUAGGCCGAAAUUCCUUGGAGCUGAAUCGUCAAUGAAUAAUGAUAUGCGCAGGUUUUAUUAGUUUUUAAGCCACACUGAAAUUCCGAAACCACAU